AUGGCACUGAAGACUAUUCUGCUGACACUGGCAGUCCUCUGGGCUAGAGCACAGACACCACCAUGCAGAAUACUGGGGAGGGCUGCCAAGCCCAGCUUCUAUCAACAAGGAGACAUCUACAUUGGUGGGGUCUUCUCCCUGCAUAGCAAUCCAACAGAAAUAAACAUCCAAUUCAAAACCACACCGGAGCCCCUAAAGUGUCCAAGGAUUAAUUUCAGAGAAUUGCGAGUGUCCCACACUAUGAUCUUCGCCAUUGAAGAAAUUAACAACAGAACUGACCUCCUCCCAGGUGUAUCUCUUGGAUAUAAGAUAUAUGACACCUGUGCUUCUACAACAUUCUCUAUACGGUCAGCCAUGGCUCUGAUGAAUGGGUAUAAGGAAAUGCUGAACGACACAUCUUGCUCCACACCAGAAACAGUGAAGGCCAUUAUUGGAGAAUCUCGGUCUACAAACUCCAUUGCAAUUGCUGCAGCAGUUGGAUUAUUUCAAAUCCCACUGAUCAGCCACUUUUCAACAUGUGCAUGUCUGAGCAACAGAAAAGAGUUUCCCUCAUUCUUCAGAACGAUUCCCAGUGACUAUUACCAGAGCAGAGCACUGGCUCAGCUGGUGAAGCACUUUGGCUGGACCUGGAUAGGAGCUGUGAGGAGUGACAGUGACUAUGGCAACAAUGGGAUGGCAACGUUUAUAGAUGCGGCUCAACAAGAAGGCAUCUGCAUUGAGUAUUCCGAGAAAUUUCAAAGAACAGAACCAGCGAAACUACUGAAGGUUGUAGAUGUUAUCAAAAGAAGUACUGCAAAAGUAAUUGUAGCAUUUCUUGACCAGCUUGAUAUGAACAGCUUAUUAGUUCAACUGACCAUUCAGAACAUUACUGGUCUUCAAAUGGUUGGCAGUGAAGGCUGGAUAACAGCAAGCAAUCUAGGAACACCUAUGGGUUUCAGAAUACUGGGCGGGUCUAUUGGGUUUGCUAUCAGUAGAGCCAAGAUAAAUGGAUUUAAAAAGUUUUUGUUGAAACUUCACCCAUCCCAGUACCCAAACAAUACUGUGGUUAUAGACUUUUGGGAAGCUGCCUUUCAGUGUUCUCUAAGAAAAGGAGAUGACAAGCCUCAUAUUGCCCCAUGCACUGGAUCUGAGAGCUUGAGUGAAUUGGAAAACCAAUACACUGAUGUAUCAGAGCUGAGAUUCUCCAAUAAUGUUUAUAAAGCAGUGUACGCUGUUGCUCAUUCUCUACAUGACCUGCUGGCAUGUACACCCCAUCAAGGCUGUACAAAUGGUGUGAAAAUAGAACCCUGGCAGGUGCUUGAGGCUCUGAAAAAAGUCAAUUUUAGUUUGGGAAAUGGGGAGUAUGUCUCCUUUGACAAUAAUGGAGACCCAGCAGCCAGAUAUGAGGUGGUGAACUGGCAGCUUUCUCCUGAUGGUGCAGUAGAGUUCAGAGUGGUUGGCUUCUAUGAUGCUUCUUUACCAUCUGAUCAGCAGUUUGUGAUGAGUGCUGUUAGUAUGGUUUGGGCAGGUGGGGAAAAUGAGAAACCCAGGUCAGUGUGCAGUGAGAGCUGUCCCCCAGGCACCCGGAAGGCUGUGCAGAGAGGAAGGCCAGUCUGCUGCUAUGACUGUGUGCCCUGUGCUGAGGGAGAAAUCAGCAAUGCUACAGAUUCUAAUGACUGUAUUCAAUGCCCGGAGGAAUACUGGUCUAAUGCUAAAAGAGAUCAAUGUGUUUUAAAGACUGUUGAAUUCCUGUCUUUUAAAGAAAUUAUGGGAAUAGUGCUUGUUCUUUUUUCAUUGUUUGGAACUUGUGUAACUCUAUUUGUGGCCGUUUUGUUCUUUAUUCAGAAGGAUACACCCAUUGUGAAAGCCAACAACUCAGAGCUGAGUUUCCUGCUACUCUUUUCAUUGAAACUGUGUUUCCUGUGCUCUCUUACCUUCAUUGGCCGACCCUCUGACUGGUCCUGUAUGCUGCGCCACAUUUCAUUUGGGAUUACCUUUGUCCUCUGCAUUUCUUGUGUUCUUGGGAAAACAAUAGUGGUGUUAAUGGCUUUCAGGGCAACACUUCCUGGUAGUAAUGUCAUGAAGUGGUUUGGGCCUCCCCAGCAGAGAUUGAGUGUUCUUGCUUUCACUCUCAUACAGGUCCUUAUUUGUGUACUUUGGUUAAUAAUAUCCCCUCCUUUCCCCAACAAGAACAUGAAGCACUACAAAGAAAAGAUCAUUCUAGAAUGUGAUGUAGGAUCAGCAGUGGGGUUCUGGGCUGUGCUGGGCUAUAUUGGGCUCCUCGCUAUAUUGUGUUUUGUUUUAGCUUUUCUGGCUCGUAAACUGCCUGACAACUUCAAUGAAGCCAAAUUCAUCACAUUCAGCAUGCUCAUAUUCUGUGCAGUCUGGAUCACCUUUUUACCUGCUUAUUUCAGCUCACCAGGAAAGUUCACUGUAGCUGUGGAAAUAUUUGCCAUUUUAGCUUCCAGUUUUGGUUUGCUUUUCUCUAUUUUUGCGCCCAAGUGUUACAUCAUUCUGUUAAAACCUGAAUUAAACUCAAGAAAACAUAUGAUGGGCAAGAUGCCCUCAAAAUCUCUUUAA